AUGGACAGCCCAUUCUAUGGAAGUUACUGGAACCAACCUUCAGGCCCUGGGUACCGGAACCAGCCGUUGAGGAGGCAGGCGACGAAAUCGGGGGCGUCGCCGAAGGUGGUUUCGAUACCUGUUCGCUUCGUGGAGUCGGAGGCUACACGUUCGGCAUCGGCGUCGAAGAUCCAGAAGGUGUUCAGGGGGUUCAUAGUGAGGAAGAGCGUGAAGAAGAUCGCCUCCAUCAGGCGAGAGGUUGAGGCGGUUGAGCGGACAAUUUCGCAGAGCGACAAUGUGGAGCGGAUCCGUAGGGACGCUAGGGAGCGAUUGAGAGUGAACGAGAUGCUCAUGUCUCUGCUUUUCAAGUUGGAUUCGAUUCGCGGAGUUGAUCCAGGCGUUAGGGAUUACAGAAAGGCGGUGAUCAAGAAGGCGAUAGCGUUACAGGAAAGAGUCGACAACAUUGUUGCCGAAAAUCAAGCUGUGAGCGGCGUUGAAAAUAGGGAUGGUUCUGAGUCUGAGGGUCUCGCUGGAGCUGCAAACGAUUCGGCCGAGUCUCCUGGUAGUAUUUCACAUGAUGGAAACCAAGCCUCAGAAAUUAAGGAUUUGGCAGAGUCUCGAGCCGAUACCGGUAAUCAAACCCUAGAAAUUGAAGGUAAGGCAUCUGGCUUCGAAGAUUACCCGGAUGCUUCGAAUAAUAAUAAUCAAAACUCAGAAACCAAAGAUUUGGUCGAAGUCCAAGCCGGAUCUGCUUCUAUCAAUCAAAGACCAUUGCUUGAAGUUAAUGCAUCUGAUUGCGAAGACCGCUCUAAUGUUUCGAGUAGUAAAGUCUCAGAAAUUAAAGAAACGUCUGGAUGUGACUCCGAUUGUCCAGAGAAACCGUUGUAUUAUCCUGAUGAUCCCGCGCCUCUUUGCGGUGAAUGCGAGGCAACGUCCGAAAAUUAUGAUUGUAGCUCUGUAGACUUGCCUUCUGAAGCAUGUGAAAAAAUGGACGCUAAUAGAGCAGGAGAGGGUUGUGGUGUGAAGAUGGAAGUGGAACCUUGCAUCGUCAAGGAUAUCGUCGAAGAUCAGAAUGCGUCCUUGCCGGUGAGUGAAUCCAUGGAAGAAAGCCUGGAAACAAGCGCGAGGGAAUACUUUGCUGAUCGUCAAGAAGAUUAUGCAGUGGUCGCAGCAGGAGGGAGAGAGGACAACAAGAGGAACCGUGAGGUGCUGCUGGAGAGGAUGAUGGAGGACAACGAGAAGAUGAUGAGUUUGAUGACUCAGUUGUUUGAGAGGAACGAGUUGCAGACCCGGAUGCUGAGUUCGUUGACUCAGAGGGUUGAGCAGCUGGAGAAGGCGUUCAUUUGUGACAGACUGAGGAGGAAGAAGAAGAGGCAUGCGGCAACUGGAACGACUACUGAUGGCUUGGCAUCAAACCCAGAUCAGGAGAAUUGUGGGAAGAGAUAA